AUGGUUAACGAAUACAUCUUGGCACUAAAAUACUACCCGAACGAGACCGAGUCACCUGACUUGAUCGAAAUUAAAAUUUCAUGCUUGCGCUUAGCUGGAAAUGCGUUAGUGGAAAUGGAUAGAGGAGAUGAAUCAUAUGACUACUUCAUGCAAUUUCUUGCAAUGCUUCAAACAAAAGAGGGAUUUAUGGACAAGCCCUUUCAUGCUCAAUGCGCAACCCUUGGAAAAUAUUCUUUUGCAAAUCAAUAUUACAUUUUCCGCUCGUUGGGAGGGAUAAUGGCAUGCGAAAGAGAGAAUCUUGAUGGUGCAAUUCAGUGUUAUGAACGAUGUCUUGAACUAGAUGAAGAUUUGACCCGUGACCAAGGCCUUGUGGCAGUCCUGGCUGACCUUUAUCAAUCAAAAGCGUUAACAGUUGACAUACAAGACCAAGAUUCCUACAAACAACAGAUGGACCUUGCUCUUAAUUUGUUCCAUAACCUGCUUCAAAAGACUGCCGAGUUGACACCAUUUGUAGAAUGCUCUUUUGCAUCGCUUUUGUCGAAAUUGGAGCGUUGUGAUGAAGCUGUUAAACAUUUUGAAAAUGUUAUUAAAAGAGCAGAUGACACACCUAUUCGCAUUACGGACGCAGACAAGCCGUUGUUAGACGUUCACUUUCGUCGUGAAAUUGAAGUUAGAGGCCGUUUUGAGAUCUCAUUAAAAGUCCAAACUUUCUACGAGUUAAUUUUAACUUAUAUGAAAUUGAAUGAAGUGGGAAAAGCUGAAGAAGUCGCGCUUCAAUUGGAGAAUUAUGUUAAACGUUUUCAAUCCACUCCAAAGUAUUCUCGGGCUCUGUCUAUAGUAGGAUACGCCUACAAACUAGUUGGAAACAAAGAAAAAGCCGCGGAGAUAUUUGUUUCGGUAUUGGAAAUCAUCCCGGGACAUUUACCGGUCACAGAAGCAUUGGAAAGCCUCUGUAUGUGA